AUGCCACGAAGAACUCGUAAGCCCAAUCAGAACAGAGGAUCAAUUCAAAGAAAAUAUGAAUUGGAGGCUAAAGUGAAACUUCUGGAGGAGAAACUCCUAAAAUCAGAACAAAAAGAAAUGAUUGCAACGGAAUUAUACAACAAAGAAAAGAGACUUUGUUCAUCUGCACGGGCGAAUUCCACGUAUUAUCGGAACAAACUCAUCUCAACCACUAAGGAAAUGAUUCGAAUCACCGAUAAAUUGAAUUCAGCAACGGAGGAUCUCAAGUUGAUCAAGAGGUGUUCGGACGGGCGGAAAACGAAAAAAAAAAUUCUCGAGGAGCAAAACAAGACGAUGAAAUAUAGGAAGAAAAUGCUGAAAGCUCAAGAAACAUUACGAAUGAAUCAAGAGUUGAACGAACAAGAAAAGAAACCAUGGAGACUUUGUGAAGUGUGUGAUGAGGCUUACAAUCACACUGCCAAUGGAACUCCUCGUGUUCUCAAAUGUGGGCAUACUCUUUGUCACAGUUGUCUCGCCCAGAUCGCCACGUCUCACUAUAUCCAAUGCCCAUUCGACCGUUUAUUCACUAAUAUCGGAGUGAAUGAACUCAACGAUCUUCCGAAAAACUUUGUUGUUCUUCAUAUGUAA